AUGGACUCGUUCAAUUUGUGGCAAAAGAGGCGAAGUGCUAGGCUCGGCAUUGUUUUUGCUAGACAUAGGUCUAGUUUUUACUUCAAGGGUGGUGGAUAUUCCCGUAGUGAACUUCAACCAGGAGUGCUGAGAGCAGUGAGGCAGAUGUGCAUGAAAUGCAGACGAGAGUUUAACCACCGAGUAAAAUCAGUAUCAAUGGCUAAAUUUUCUGCAGAAGAAGUCACUGCUCUUCAGGCAGGCGGCAAUGAAAAAGCAAAGCAGAAAUAUUUUAAAGACUGGGAUCCUCAUCGUCAUUCUUAUCCCGAUACCAAUAACAUACCAAGACUUCGCGAUUUUAUCAAGUCAGUCUACGUGGAUAGAAGAUUCACCGGUGAAAGGACCCAAGAUAAUCUUCCCAGAGUCAGAUUGAAUGACAAGGAGGAUUCCUACAAUAUCAGGAAGCUCAGUUUUUCCCGAAGCGAACGUUAUGAAGAUAGAAAUGAUAUGCGUAGUCCUAGUUCACGAAACGAGGACAGGAGUUUCAAGUAUUAUUAUGAGGACAGAAGAAGUCCUAUAGCCUCGAGGAAUGGGAACCACAGAAGAAAUCCUGUGAAAAUCGAGGUUGUUGAUGAUAGGUUCCGAGACAAUGAAUCUAGAAGUCGCAGGUUUUCAAGCACAGAAUCAAAGGAAACAGCGGUUUCACCUGAAGUACAGAAGCAUGUGGACAGAGGGAAGAAGGGUGCACCUGCCGGUGGAGAGGGAUCCGUUAAGGAGAAUCCUGCUGAACAGGAAAACCCAGAAACCCAGACUUUGACUGUCGUCACAUCACGGGUUUCUGAUUCUGCAACUGCACCGGAAGCUCAGUCUACAUCUCAAUCAAAUGAUGGAAGUGACUGGGCACCGUUUGAAACUUCCCUUGCAAAGGAGGCUUCUCAAACCCCAAACACACAUACCUCGAAGUGUUCUACAACAGAGACAGCAACUAAACCUUUAGAUGCUAUAGAAUUUUUAGUCUCUGAAUUGUCUGGUCCGUUGUAUGCAACAGCCAGUAGUUUGUCUGAUGUUCGCACUGCUGAUAAUGAUACUCCAACUGCAAGAGUAGAAGAUAUCUCCGUGGAUGUGGAUUUAGCACCGCCGACGUCAGCAGGCCAGAUAACCCCACUUCCCAACAACAUUGGUGUUUGCUCGGUUACAUCAACCAGUGAUUCUGAUCUGACGCAACCCUCAAUAGCUGGUAGCUCAGCGACACAACCAAUGAGUCCGUCAGUCAGAGAUGUCCCUUCGCUUAAUCAGCCAGAAGUUGAUCCUAAAGCGCAGGACCUUUCAAACUCUCUUAUGGAACUAUCUCUUGAACCCGCAUCAAAACCUGCUCAAGGCACCAGAUCUGAUGUCAGAUCCCAUCCUAGGAUAACCCAAACCAAGUCUAUUGGAAGAAAGGAACUUCCAGCGAAUCUCUUUACUACUAGCUACUUACCAGGCCCUGCACCGCAAGCAGGCUGGCAGAAUUUUCAGCCUCAUUGUAUGGGAUACGGCUUGCAGUAUUAUUCUAAUGCAGCACCAGUCUCGGCAUUUCCCACUGCAACAAAGUCCACGAACCCAUUUGAUGCAACUGAGGGGAGACCUCGAGUCCUUGCAUCUGCAUUUCCUACCAUGGCAAAUUUGCGUGGUGCACAAACUGCUAUGCCAACUGGAGCAGGAUUAGUGCGCGCUUCAAGCGUGGGGGCUUUAGGGUCGAUGGUACCUCAAUCCCCAAAUUAUGCAUCUUCAGUGCCUCCGCAAUCUCCCUUCACUCCUGGAUUUCCUUCUGGCGCAUACUUUGAGCAAGUUAACAAUAAUAUGCAAACUGCCAGGCCUCGAAGGGCUGGCAGCUUCAAUGGUGAAACAGCCUUCCAACAUUCAACUGGAGGAUAUAUGGCUCCCGGCUACUCUCUCAAUUCUUUUCCGAAGACAGGAGGAAAUCCAUUUGGAUAG